AUGUUGUCCAGUUGUACCAGGCGGUCUGUGCCGAGGUUAAGUCAAAUAUCACACCACAUCGGUACUCAAAGAAGAUCUCUGGUGGGAUACACGAAAACACAGUUUGCGUUGAACACUGGGGCAGAGAUCCCAGCUAUAGGCUUCGGAACGUGGCAGGACAAAGAGGCACAGGAAGACGCCGUAGCUGAAGCAUUGAGGCUAGGCUACAGGCAUAUUGAUACAGCGCGAAUAUAUGGCACGGAGCCUGGCGUAGCGAAAGCCGUUAACAAGAGUGGCAUUCCCAGAAGCGACAUAUUCAUCACGACGAAGCUCUGGAACAACUCACAUCAUCCAGAUGACGUCGAGAAAGCAUGCGAUGCUUCGCUCAAGGACCUCCAAACGGACUACCUUGACCUGUACCUCAUGCAUUGGCCCUCACCGUUCGCUCGGGGCGACAAGAUGAUGCCUAAGAAGGACGACAAGAUCAUUCCAGGCGACUCCGACUAUGUUGACACCUACAAGGCGAUGGAGAAGCUUGUUGCGAGCGGGAAAUGCCGGGCAAUAGGAGUAUCCAACUUUUCCAAGGCGGAAUUGGAAAGACUCCUCAAGGAAACCUCCAUUGUGCCAGCCGUACAUCAAUUCGAAAUGCAUCCGUACCUCAGCCAGCCAGAUUUUGCGGCGUUUCACAAGUCAAAAGGCAUCCACAUCACCCAGUACUCUCCCUUCGGCAAUCAAAACGAGAUUUACGACAAGGGCAAGAACAUGGGCAAACUGAUCGACGACCCAGCCUUGACAGACAUUGGAAGGAAAUACGGCAAGAGCGGUGCGCAAGUCGCCCUCGCAUGGGGUAUCACCAACGGCCACUCAGCAGUAAUUCCCAAAUCAAAGACGCCAGCACGCAUCAAGGCGAACUUUGAAGGCGACUUCAAGCUGGAUGCAGAGGACGUCAAGAAGGUCGAUGCGCUUGACAAGAAGAUGAGGUUCAACGACCCGUCGGAAACGUUCAGGUGGAAUUUCUACGCUGAUCUGGAUGGGAAGAAUUGA